AUGCCCGGCUCCGCUGGGAUUUACUGGCAAUACGAGCUCUUGACGAAUCCCUCCUUCGACACGGGGAGCCUGAGCCCGUGGGCGGUAUUGUCGGGCUAUGGAUCAGCUACCGUUGUGGAGGAUACUGCGGAUGAUAGAGGUUACGUAGCCCUCCUGGGCGAUACCAGCACCCUGACUGCUGUCUACCAGACGGUGACGGAUCUGGUAGUGGGAGACUCAUACACAUUAUCAUUCGAUUAUAGCAUCGAGAGUGCCGCAAGAGCCGGGGAGGCUGCUUUUUAUCUAUGCGUUGACGGCAUUGCCUCCGCGAACAGACUUAAGAACAAAGCGGUGCCGUAUACCACAACCGGUACCUCGUGGCAAACCCUUUCGGUCACUUUCGAUGCCUCCAGCACCACCCAUGAGUUCUAUAUCUUGGUUUAUGUUGUCACCUCCAGCACCGAGCCCCAGGUGUACCUGGACAAUGCACAGUUCUUGGCCGUUUCCGCGAAGGAUGAUCUCCAAGUCUGCAUUACCUCGACUUAUACCUCCACCUCCACUUUGUUUAUCGCUACUUCAAGCUCUGCGGCAGCUUCCAGCAGUACUCCGGUUCUAGAAAGCCCCUCGUCGGUCCCUGGGAUCACAUCCUCAGUCAUCAUUGCGACCAGCGCCUCGCCAUCCAGUGUUUCGUCAUCCAAUGCGGUGACCUUUGUCUCAUCCAGCAGUUCUCCCGUCCCACCAAGGUCGUCAUCGGCUCCUGUGUUUGCAUCCUCCCACUCGUGCAUCCCUCUUGUCAUCCUCCAGAAUCCUCGAUACUCCCACCAGCAUCCCAGUCCCGUCAAGCUCGCAGGUGACGACGUCCAGUUCCAGGGCCUCUACGUCAAGAUCCCUGAUACAAUCACCAUCUCCAUCCUCUUCUGCGGCUACUCCAAACUCGCCAACUGGCUCCACUUCGCCUUCCGCCAGCCAACUAGCAGUAUCAUCUUCAUCGACACCAUCCUCCAGCCGAGUCUCCGUGGUUUCAUCAUCAACUCCCAUCAAAACGUCAUCGAGAGCAUUCUCGCCCUCAUCUGCCAGAGUACCAUCGUCCGCGAGCACCCCAAUUCGCACGUCCAGCGUUUCUCGCUUGCUCUCAAGCCAGCCUACCGGUGAUGAGGAAGUGGUGACCGUGUUGAGCACGGUUUAUACCACUCAGUAUGCCAUAGUGACCGCCUGUCCUGCUUUCUAG